AUGGCAACGGUCAGCAAUGAGAACCUCGUAUUCUACCCCGCGUUCUGCUUCAAGGCGUCACCAACGCACUUUACCUGGGUGAAAAUGGGAGCAGCCGAUGUGCAUCGUCUCCGAAAAUCGAGUGACUUUGUUGGCCAAAACAUCUUCUUCUACAACAACCACCCAAUCCAAUUCGUUAGCCUAGUAGGCAUAAUAGUGGCGCGAACUGACAUCCCUCGACGCACAAUCCUAACACUAGACGACAGUAGCGGCGCAACAAUCGACAUAGCCGUACUAAAAAAGGAGACACCAAAACCCAACACCACUAGCCAGCCAACACCUACCGCAAGCCCGGAAAAACCAGCAUGGUCCUCAUUCACCCUCACAGCGCCAACAGCCACCAGCCCCACCCAAACAACGCACAUAACCUCCAAAGACCACGACGAGAUAGACAUAUCCGCUCUCCAACCAGGAACGCUAGUCCGAGUAAAAGGGACACUAUCGAUGUUCCGCUCGCGGAUGCAAUUACAUUUCGAGCGGUUCUGGCUCGUGCGCGAUACGAACGCCGAAAUGCAGUUCCUGGAUGCCCGCCUGCGGUUCCUUAUUGAGGUCUUGUCUGUGCCAUGGGUGUUGACCGAUGAGGAGAUUGAGACGCUGCGUGAAGAUGCUGAGAAGUGUGAUGAGCGCGUGUUGGAGGAUAAGAGGCGUGCGGAGAGGGUUGCGAGGAAGAAGAUUGAGCGUGAGGAGAGACAUGCUAGAGCUAUUGCGCGUCGAUAUGAGAAGGAGAACGAGAAGAGAGGAGAGAGCUUAGGAAGGUUAGAGAGGAUGGGGAGAGGGUUAUGA